GAGGCAGCUGGCCCGUGGCAGGGGCUGCGGAGCGGGUCGCGGGGCAGCCUCAGGCUGGCCAUGGCGGGAGGCGCGCGGCGGCCACCUGAGCUGCGUGGCGGCGUCAGGUUCUUAAUCAAGUGUCAUCUGUCUGGAUCCAGGAUGGGGCUGUGCCGCGGCCUCUGAAGUGUGUUGCCGGGCACCAACCCUGUUGCAGACCGUCCCUCCAUUGCCUUACAGAGCAAGCAGAAGAGAUGGCUCUGUCCGAGAGCCGUCCAACUAUGCGCUUUCCACCUUAUGUGCCCUUUUUGGUCCUAGCAUCCACUCUGGCUACUGCUGCGAGUGUGACCAACAGCACUUUGAACAGCACGGCCAUGGUCCCAGGCUCCAUGCCUGUUGUCAUUGCCAGAACUGACCACGUUAUCGCCAAGGAGGGGAGCAGUGCCUUGAUUAACUGCAGUGUCUACGGCGUCCCUGAUCCGCACUUCCGGUGGUACCACUCCGGUGGCAAGCUGCUAGAAGAGGAGGAGGCUGAGAAGGAGUGGGGAGGAGGAAAAUGGCUCAUGCAGGCUGGUGGCCUCCUGAACAUCACCAAGGUGUCUUUCUCAGACCGUGGUAAAUACACGUGUGUUGCCUCCAACACACACGGCACGGUGAACAACACCGUGACCCUGCGUGUGGUCUUCACCUCGGGGGACAUGGGCGUCUACUACAUGGUCGUGUGCCUCGUGGCCUUCACCAUCGUCAUGGUCCUCAACGUCACUCGCCUGUGCAUGAUGAGCAGCCACCUGAAGAAGACGGAGAAGGCUAUCAACGAAUUCUUCAGGACAGAGGGUGCAGAGAAGCUGCAGAAGGCCUUUGAGAUCGCCAAGCGCAUCCCCAUCAUCACCUCAGCCAAGACCCUGGAGCUAGCCAAAGUCACCCAGUUCAAAACCAUGGAGUUUGCCCGCUACAUCGAGGAGCUAGCCCGGAGCGUGCCUCUGCCACCCCUCAUCAUGAACUGCAGGACGGUCAUGGAGGAGAUUAUGGAGGUGGUGGGGCUCGAGGAGCCAGGGCAGAGCUUUGUGAGGCACGCCCCAGAGGGCCAGGAGGCCACUGACAGGCACGAGGUGUACACCAUCCCCAAUGCUCUGCAGCGCAGUGACUCACCCGCUGCCGACUCAGACGCUUCAUCACUGCACGAGCAGCCUCAGCAGAUUGCCAUCAAGGUGUCCAUUCAUCCACCAUCCAAAAAAGAGCCUGCAGAUGACCAGGAAGGUGUGCAGUUAGAAGUCAGAGAUGAAGAGGACACGGGGCCAUCAGCCGAACAGUCCCCCGACACUGCAGAGCCUUCUACUGAAGUGACGUCCACAGAGCUCACAUCUGAGGAACCAACCCCUGUGGAGUUCCUGGGCAGGGCCCUGCCACCCGCUCACCUGGACUCCACAGAGCCCACAGUGACGUGUGACAAAAACACCUGCAUUAUUUAUGAAAGCCAUGUCUAAUAUCAACCCCGAAAAGCUAUGCAUAUCAAGAAAAUCAGGGGCUGCUCCUUGAGAUACAUACAGAUGUAGUCACACUUGCCGCUAAGCCUUACCAGGAGACUCACCCAUAGGUCGGAGUGGUGCCAUUUGGACAGGAGACAUCUGCGUGCGGCUGUGAGUAGACCUCCCUGGGAGAGACGACAGGGGAAACAUCAUGGCACAGAAUUGGUAAUACCAUGUGGAAGGUGUCUGUCUGUGUGGUUUGAAUUGCAGAGGCUGCUCUCGGCCACAUACCUUAAUCAGCAACGUCCUUGGCAAAGAGGACUCUGUUGUAAGAUACCCCGAGUUCAAGAGCCCUGUACAAUGCUCACUGCACUGCUUUUCCUUUUAAAAAUUACAGUCUGCUACGAUAAAUGCACGUACAUGGGUUUGCUGCACUUUCUUCUCAGUUUUAAUCACUUUCACCAUUCCUUUAUAUUGGACUAGUUAUUAUAUUAAUACUCGUAGCUCUUUCUGGUUUAGCCCUUUUUGUCCAUGUUUUUCUCUAGAACUAUUACCUCAGAGGCUUUGGUACCAGUCACCAGAACCAGGACAGCACCUGCAAGUCCUUUCCAACGGUCCCAGAUAGUCACCAGGCUCGCUGUGACUUCCAUCCCCCAGCCUGUUUUCCCAGAAUGUUUUUUUUUCCCAUUUAUCUCCAGUGAAGCUGCUGCUAUGAAACUGAGAAAACUUUACCCUGGGCGAGCACUUUAAUGGUCAGAUAAAAAUGCAUGUGCCUGUUUAUGUGGGGAGUACUUUGGUGAGCUCAGCCAAAGCACGGAAGGGGAAUGGUGAAGAGUUAGAUGCCCCCAUGCCACUCAUGAGAAUUGCUGUUAAUGUAGCAUCAUCCUCCAAGCAAAGGCUGAUUCUUUAUUUACCCAGAAAAUUUACUGCUUCCAGAGACAGAGGCUUCCAUGGGCUCCUACAGGGUAUAGAAUUCUGGCUCCCAGACAGGCCUGCAAGGACCAUUUGCUGUUGGACAAUGCCCACACCCAACUUAGGGCGGCAGACAUAAGGUCUGUGAUGUGCCUGUGUGACUGCAGGUCUGGGUGAUGGUUCAGGGAAUUGUGCCAUCAAAUUUCAUGCCAAAACUACUGAAUGACUAUCCAGCCCCCAGAAAGCAGGUGCAUUUGAGCCAGCAGGACGUGUUGGAAAGAAGACAGAACUGGCCGCCUGAAGGUUAGUGCCUGGCCCAACUGUGCCAGUGCACAGCUGCCUGUUUUGGGGCAAGUCUAGGCCUCUGUGUCCUUGUCUUUAAUACAGGGCGGGUUAGGUGAGCCCCAAGGGCCACUUCAGCGAUUUCACCCUCUCUCAGAAUCAGCUCGCAUGACAUCCUUGCUUGUUCUCACAAUCACUCCAAGGGUUUUCUCUGUCAUCUCCAAUUUCCAACAUUCUAAUGCUGUGUUCCUUACUCAGAUAGAGGUUGUGGCUCUUCUUCCAGGAAGUCAUUAGGACCACUCCUACAGUAAGAUGUAGUCUUGGUGAGGGUGAGUGAUACCACUUCAUUUUCACUUACUAGCAAGGAAGACAGGAAGCUCAGUGUAGCUGAUGGGGUGGUUAUGUCCAAGGUUGCGUGGACACACUGCUGAUGAGUAUAGAUCCAUAAGUAUAGCCCUCACCCUGGCACUAUCCGUGGAAGUGGCCUUGGACAACUCCCUGCCUUUCUCUGAAGUUUAAUCUUUUACUUCAUCUAUGAAAAUAUGCAGAUAGCACCUGAGGGUCUGCAAGAUCCCUUCUCAUCAAAUGUUACAGUUUUACAGAAAGUCUGCAAUCUUCCAUGAUAAACCUGGAGCAAACCUGAGAACAUGAGCCUGGAUGCUUCUGCUGUCCAACCAUUGCAGCAAACAGGUGGUGGAGUACAUGGCCUUAAAGUGACCUUGCCUACUGGGUUUAUUUAUAGUAGAAAAGGAGUGACACUUAAGAUGACAGGCCAGUUCCAUCAGACAGCUCGUGAAAAGGAACAUCUUGAGUGAGCCCACAAAGAAAUCAGCAGUGAGCCGUCAAGAGAAACCAUGAGUCCUGGCUGGGCUAUCCAGACUGGGAUGUGUUUGGGUUGUAGUAGUUUUAUCUCUA